AUGGGUGAUCGAUCGCGAAGCCGCUCUCCCCGUCGCCAAGAUGGCGGAGACCGUGAUCGCCCCCGAAAGACUGGUGGCUUUAGAUGGAAAGAAAAGCGGCGCGAUGAUGACCGUGAUGAUCGUGGACUUGAUCGAGGGUAUCGCACACGAGACCGUGCACGCUCUCCACGCCGAGGGAACGAUAGUGACCGAUACAGAGAGCGACGCGACGACCGUGAGCCGCGCCCACGACGAAACGACCGCGAUGAACCCCGGGAUGGCCAAGAAAAGAAAAGGACAGAAAAGAAGGAUAAGAAAGACAAGAAACCCGCUGCUCCAGCAUCCUCAGAGCCUAUGAUUGUUGUGAACGUCAACGACCGUCUUGGAACUAAGGCUGCGAUUCCUUGUCUUGCCUCUGAUCCCAUCAAGCUUUUCAAAGCCCAAGUGGCUGCUCGGAUUGGCCGUGAACCGCAUGAAAUCCUACUUAAACGCCAGGGCGAGCGUCCUUUCAAGGAUCAGCUGACCCUCGAAGACUACGGGGUGAGCAAUGGCGUACAACUUGAUCUGUGA